AUGGCCCCCCCUGAAGCAGAGGGCAACGCAGCUCCGGCAGCCCCCCAGGCUGCCCAGCCCCAGGCGGGGAUGGUGCCGGCUGCCACCGAGGCGAAGGACGAGCCUGGGAAGGAGAAGGCUCCGGCUGCUGCCGCGGCUCAGGGCGGAGGGCAGGCAGAGCCUGGGAAGGAGAAGGCUUCGGGAGAGGCCGGAGGAGGGAAGGCAGAGCCGGCGGGGGAGACAGCCCCGACUGCUCCAGAGCCCCGGGAUCGAGGGAAGGCAGCGGCGGCGGCUUCAGCUGCACAGCACGAUGGAGGGCAGGCAGCACCUGCGGAGGAGAAGGUGCCGGCUGCUGCCAAGGCCCAGGAUAGAGGGAAGGAUGAGCCUGGGAAGGAGAAAGCUCCGGCUGCAGGAAAGCCCAAAGGCGGGAAGACAGCGCCCGUGGAGGGGAAGGCUCCAGCUGCUGCCAAGCCUCAGGAUGGAGGGAAGGACAAGCCUAAGAAGGAGCAAGCCUCUAGCGGGUUAGAGGCUGAGGGUGGUGGGAAAGCAGAGUCCACGGAGGAGAAGGCUCCGGCUGCAGCGGAGGCUCAAGGAGGGAAGGCAAAGGCCACAGAGGAGACAGCCCUGGCUGCAGUACAGGCUGGGGAUGGAGGCAAAGAAGAGCCUGCAAAGGAGAAAACCAUGGCUGCUGCAAAGAAGGUGCCAGCUGCUGCAAAGGCUCAGGAUGGAGGGAAGAAAGCUGCAAAGGCAGAGAAAACCCCAGCUGAUAAAAAGCCUGCAAAGGAGAAGGCUCCAGCUACUGUAAAGGCUCAGGAUGGAGAGAAUAAAGUGGCAAAGGCAGAAAAAGCCCCAGCUGCGAAAAAGGCUCAAGAUGAACGCAAAGAGGAGCCUGCAAAGCAGAAAGCCACAGCUCCUGCAGAGAAGGCCCCAGAUGCUGCCAAGGCUCAGGAUGGAGACAAGGCAGCAGCAAAGGCAGAGAAAACCCCAGCUGCAAAAAAGGCUCAAGAGGGAAGCAAAGAAGAGUCUGCAAAGGAGAAAGCCCCGGCUGCUGCAAAGGUGCAGGAUGGAGGGAAGAAAGCUGCAAAGGUGGAAAAAACCACAGUUGCAUCAAAGGCUGAGGAUGGAGGCAAAGAAGAGCCUGCAAAGGAGAAGGUCCCAGCGGCUGCAAAGGCUCAGGAUGGAGGAAAGCAAGCUGCAAAGGUGGAACCUCCCCCAGCUGCAGCAGAGGCUGGGGAUGGAGGCGAGGAGCCUGCGGAGGCGGCAGCCACGGCUGCUGCGAAGGCUCAGAGUGAAGGGGAGAAAGUGGCAAAGGCGAAGGAAUCGGACGAGCAGCAGCAGCCGAGAGGCCCCGAGCCCCCGCGCCCGGCUCUGCUGCAGAGCCUGAGCUGCCCAGCCACCUGCCAAAGGGAGGAUCAGCCCUGGGCAGAGGCAGCGGCGAUGGCGACGAUACCGGAGGAGACCACGGCGGCGGAGCCGAGAGAGUGUCCGACAGAGCCUGGCCCUGCCCCGCCAGCCCUGGGGGACCUGCAGCCUGCGGGGAGCCCUGGCACCCCGCAGGAGAGGACAUUGCCCAGUGCCGCAGGGCAGCCCCCAGAUCCCGCCGGGGCCACGGAGCAGCCUGGCCCUGGGGGGCAACCAUCCUCGACGGAGGCAGAGCCACCCCCCAGCCCCUACCUCACCCCCGAUUUUGGGAAGGAAGACCCUUUUGAGAUACUGGAUGACGUCCCUCCGCCGCCGGCGCCCUUUGCGCACCGCAUCGUCACCCUGCGGUCUGCCAACGUCAGCUCCCAGUUCAACCUCAGCUCCAAGGAUAUCCUGGGAGGGGGCAAGUUUGGCGAAGUCCACAUAUGCACGGAGAAGCAGACGGGGCUGAAGCUGGCAGCCAAAGUGAUCCGGAAGCAGGGCGCCAAGGACAAGGAGAUGGUGCUGCUGGAGAUCGACGUGAUGAACCAGCUGAACCACCGCAACCUCAUCCAGCUCUACGACGCCAUCGAGACGCCCCGGGAGAUCAUCCUCUUCAUGGAGUUCGUGGAGGGUGGCGAGCUCUUUGAGCGGAUCAUCGACGAUGACUACCACCUGACGGAGGUGGACUGCAUGGUGUUCGUCCGGCAGAUCUGUGAGGGCAUCCGCUUCAUGCACCACAUGCGCGUCCUCCACCUCGACCUCAAGCCCGAGAAUAUCCUCUGUGUCGCUGCCACCGGGCACAUGGUGAAGAUCAUCGACUUUGGGCUGGCUCGAAGGUACAACCCCCAGGAGAAGCUGAAGGUGAACUUUGGCACCCCCGAAUUCCUCUCCCCCGAGGUGGUCAACUACGAGCAAGUCUCCUACUCCACGGACAUGUGGAGCAUGGGCGUCAUCACCUACAUGCUGCUCAGCGGCCUCUCCCCCUUCUUGGGUGACAACGACACCGAGACGCUCAACAACGUCCUGGCUGCCGACUGGUACUUCGACGAGGAGACCUUCGAGAGUGUCUCCGAUGAGGCCAAGGACUUCGUCUCAAACCUCAUCAUCAAGCAGAAGAGCGCCCGGAUGAGCGCCGGCCAGUGCCUGCAGCAUCCCUGGCUCAACAACCUGGCAGAAAAGGCCAAGCGCUGCAACCGCCGGCUCAAGUCCCAGGUGCUGCUCAAGAAAUACGUCAUGCGGCGGCGCUGGAAGAAAAACUUCAUCGGGGUGUGUGCUGCCAACCGCUUCAAGAAGAUUACCAGCUCGGGGUCGCUGACGGCGCUGGGCGUCUGAGCGGGGGCUCCUGGGGGAGCCUGAGCCACGUGUGAGUCGAGG